GCCUGCGCGUCGCGGCUCCCGAAGGCGUUGCCGGGAAACCUUCGGCCGGGAGCUGCGGUGGGACCGGCUGACAUGGCGGCGGCGCGGCUGGCCGCGGCCCUGCUGCUGCUCGCGGCCCAGGUGGCCUGUGAGUUCGGCGUGUUGCGAGUGGUCUCCCAGAGCGGCGGCACCCGGGGCAGGGACUAUUGCAUCCUCUACAACCCACAGUGGGCCCACCUGCCGCACGACCUCAGCAAGGUGUCUCUCCUGAAGCUUCGAGACUUGAGCUCGACACAGCUCUGUUCCUACCGGGACCUUCCUGUGGACCUGACGAACCAAGUCGCGCUGGUGGCCCGGGGCAACUGUACCUUCUACGAGAAAGUGCGCCUGGCCCAGGGCAGCGGGGCGCGCGCACUGCUGGUUGUCAGCAAGGAGAAGCUGGUCCCUCCGGGAGGCAACAAGACACAGUACGAGGAGAUCAGCAUCCCUGUGGCCCUGCUUAGUCACAGGGACCUGCAAGACAUCUUCCAGCGCUUCGGCCAUGCGGUGAUGGUGGCACUGUAUGCGCCGAGCGAGCCAGUGAUGGACUACAACAUGGUUAUCAUCUUUGUCAUGGCCGUGGGCACCGUCGCCCUCGGCGGCUACUGGGCCGGCAGCCGGGACGUGAAGAAAAGGUACAUGAAGCAUAAACGAGACGACGGGCCUGAGAAGCAGGAGGACGAGGCUGUGGACGUGACGCCCGUCAUGAUCUGCGUGUUUGUUGUCAUGUGCUGCUUCAUGCUGGUGCUGCUGUACUACUUCUACGACCACCUGGUCUAUGUGAUCAUCGGCAUCUUCUGCCUGGCCUCCUCCACCGGUCUCUACAGCUGCCUGGCGCCCUGUGUGCGCAAGCUGCCCUUCUGCACGUGCAGGGUCCCCGACAACAACCUGCCAUACUUCCACAAGCGCCCGCAGGUCCGCACGCUGCUGCUGGCGCUCUUCUGCGUCACUGUCACCAUCGUGUGGGGGAUCUUCCGAAACGAGGACCAGUGGGCCUGGGUCCUGCAGGACAUCCUGGGCAUCGCCUUCUGCCUGUACAUGCUGAAGACCAUCCGCCUGCCCACUUUCAAGGCUUGCACACUGCUGCUCCUGGUGCUCUUCGUCUACGAUGUCUUCUUCGUCUUCAUUACCCCCUUCCUGACCAAGAGUGGGAACAGCAUCAUGGUGGAGGUGGCCACCGGGCCCUCAAACUCAUCCACCCACGAGAAGCUGCCCAUGGUGCUGAAGGUGCCCAGGCUGAACACCUCGCCUCUCUCCCUGUGUGACCGACCCUUCUCACUCCUGGGCUUUGGAGACAUCUUGGUGCCAGGGCUGCUGGUGGCUUACUGCCACAGGUUCGACAUCCAGGUGCAGUCUUCCAGGAUCUACUUCGUGGCCUGCACCAUUGCCUAUGGCCUGGGUCUGCUGGUGACAUUCGUGGCACUUGUCCUCAUGCAGCGUGGCCAGCCCGCGCUGCUCUACCUGGUCCCCUGCACACUGAUGACCAGCUGCACCGUGGCACUGUGGCGCCGGGAACUGGGUGCCUUCUGGAUGGGCAGCGGCUUUGCGAAAGACGUACCUCAGUCUUCAUGGGCUCCAACCGAGACGCCUGUAGCUAUGAGGGACUCAGAUGCUCCCCUCCCCCAGCAGCCGCCAAGUGAAGAGCUGGCCAAGAAACCCGUGCCCACUGAGGAGGCAGCCCUGCCUGAGGAGGCAGGAGCUGUAGACCCUGCCAGGGAUGACAACAACCCCACGGUCAGCACAUCCAGUCCCACAAAUAGGGAGCAGGUCCAGCCCAGCCCUGUGGUGCAGCCAGGGACUUUGGCCUAGAAAGAGGAGGAACAAGAUCUGGACCCUCAGCCUUCCAUGCCACACAGAUGCCAGCCACCUGGGACCUGCAGGGGACAGGGACAGCUGCCCCCCUCCUGGGCAGCAGACCUGUGUCGUGGCCUCCUUAACAUGGUGCUCAGCCCCCGAGGCCUCGUGCUUCUUCUCCACCGCGGCCCGCCUCGGCGCCCAGCUCUGCUUUGCACCAGGCCGUGAGCUCCCCCUGUCCCCCGCUCCACGCGAGGCUGCUGCCUCCGGUGCUUUGCCGCCACCGCCGCUCACCCCGCAGUCCCAGCCGGCCGCGCCUUCUUCCACAGGACAGGGCUCCGGGCCGGAGCAGCAUCCCUGGCGUGCAGGUUCCUAUGUUGGGAGCGGCCAUGAGAGACCUGGAUGUGGGCACCCUGCCCAGGGUCGACAGGAGGAGU